CAGCUUGAAGGGAGGCGUCAACGCUGACUCGAGGUGGUUGUGCGGCUUUAGCAGCCCUUUUUGAUUCUGACACUCAAGCUUCAUAAUCAUACAAGCAAUUUCGAGAAAUGGGAGUAGAUCAGCUAGGGCCAGGGAGGCAACACACCCAAUAUGAUCACCCUCCUAUGAACCCUGCGCUGGCCACGCCUCUGUAUGUCCUGGGCGGAUUUUUUGUUGUCACAUUCCUCAGCCGCUCUAUCAUAAGGCUACGACACCAUCGACGUCUGCGUGAGAUUCUCCAUCAAGAUGAACAAGAAAAAUUCACUCGAAAUGGUGCCUUUUCAGCCUUUUUCAACAAGCAUGUCUUUUAUGCACCGUUACUGUCGCUUCGUCACAGUCGCGAGUUUCGCCUUCUGGGCCGCAUCCAUAUGGGGAUCAUCCCACUACGACUGGAGGCUGUUCUACUGCUCUCAUACUUUGUGCUGAACAUCAUUUUCUUCUUUGUACUUGCCAACUGGUGGUCGGGCUAUGACGAGACGAUGUACCAAAUCAAGUAUGCCGCUGGCCACCUUUGUGUGAUGAAUUUGCCUGCACUUGUUCUUGCUGCUGCUCGUAACAACCCCCUUAUCCCAAUGCUAGGGUUGCAGUUUGACACAUUCAACCUGAUGCACCGAUGGAUCGGGCGUCUCAUUAUUGGCGAGGCCGUAGUUCAUAUGGCUUGUGUGGUAGCAGGGAAAGCCAAAGAAAUGAGUAUGUCGCAGUUGACACAUCUUCUCUGGAACACACCCUUCUUCAUAGAAGGAUUUGUUGCUUUGAUUGCGUUCAUGGUGAUACUGUUUCAGUCCGCAUCCCCCAUCAGACAUGCCUUUUACGAAUUCUUCCUUCAUCUACAUAUCGUACUUGCAAUAACGUCGUUUGUGGGACUCUGGUAUCACCUUCGUGGAUUGGCUCUGCAACGUGUUCUGCUGGUCACACUUAUUCUUUGGGGUCUUGAUAGAAUUGGGCGCUUGGGGAGUAUUAUCUGGCGCAAUUUUGGGCGACAACGGACAGUGGCUACCGUGGAGCUUCUUCCUGGCGAUGUAGCUCGCGUUGAUGUAGCCCUGGCGCGGUCAUGGACAUUCAAGCCCGGGCAAUACAUGUAUCUUUACAUGCCUGCCCUUGGUCUCUGGACAUCGCAUCCAUUCUCCAUCGCAUGGACAGACGACCGACCAAGUUUAACCGAAAAGCGCGGAUCUAAUGAUUCGCUUAGCAUGUUGCUGGGAGGCUCGCAGCGUGAAGUUAUGUCCUUUCUGAUUAAGCGACGGGACGGAUUUACAAAUACGCUUCUUGAGAAGGUUAACAAGUCGGUGGAGGGAAAGUUCACCGCAUCCGCUCUAGUAGAAGGUCCUUUCGGUGGUCUCCAUUCCCUAUCUUCUUACGGGACAAUUCUUCUAAUUGCAGGCGGUAUUGGAAUUACGCACCCGAUGUCCUAUUUGCAUGAGAUCAUGAGCGGAUUUUCCCAGAAGUCGACCGCUGUUCGGAAGGUCAGCCUGAUCUGGGUCAUCCGCAGUAUUGACCAUCUGGAAUGGAUCCAGCCGUGGAUGACAUCUCUUUUCAACCAUCCAGCGCUUCAAGUACCGGACGAACAAAAAGGCCAGACAUACUUUCAGUUCCCCGAAUUAUCUCUUUCUAUUCAAAUAUACUUAACGUUAAGUGAAAGCACGGACGAGUACGCACUCGACGAGAGCCCUUGGACCAAUUCCGCACCGCCAAGCGUACCAAUUAGCGUUGUCUUUGGCAAGCCAUCAUUCGACCAAAUCCUCGAAAACGAGAAGACGCAACAGAUAGGGGCGAUGGCAGUCAGCGUGUGCGGACCAGGCGGGAUGGGCGAUGACGUUCGCAAAUGCGUCCGGGACAACCAAGGGACGCAAACUAUAGAUCUAUACGAGGCGUCGUUUUGCUGGUAGACACAUAUAUUUGCUUUUCUAUUCACUUAGCUGAUCAUUAUCCAUACUACUGAUAUAUCCUGUUUCUGGCUCUAGCUUAGAUUCUGCAUUGAAGAUCA